GUCCGCGGUCACACUGGUGGUAAGCGCGGAGAAAAAAUUUUAACAAAAAUUGCGUUGGAACGCCCAUUUGAAAGAAUAUUUAACAAUAAAAAAAGUGUAGAACUACUCAGUGCAUUGGUGCUGUAUUCCCCAGUUGCGCGGCAGAGUGUUGGGUCCCAGAGAACAAGUCGGUACAAAGAUUUCGCUUUUGUUGCCUCUCUGAUGAGGGAAUGUGUGCCGUGGUGUGUGUGCGUGCGUGUAAUUAAACAAAAGUAUUAAGCAAAAGUUACAUAUUUUGCAAUCCGCGCCCGUCUACUACGGAGGAAAAAAGGCAGAUACAAAGGCAGACAGACAAUUGUCACAGUUGCAGCUGCGUCGCAGGCUGCACUUCCUACAACGGUUUUUGGGCCCCUGCUCCUGGAUUUGCAGCUGCUGUUAUUUGGCUGACGUUGUUGUUGUCAUACUCGCACACACACACCACCUCUCGUUAACUACCUUGAAAGCCGUCGAGGCAGAGCGAGAGGGAAAGACAGAAGGCGCGCGCGGUAAAAAGUGCAAAGUUGAUGCCGUUCAAAUAAGCUUGGACACUGUGUGCUGUCAGUGUGUGCGUUUGUUACUGUUGUUCGUGUGUGCGUUUGUGCGUGAGCACAGGCAUUAGUCAUUUUUGGCCUGGGCUAAAACUGGACUGGAAGAUUGGGCCUGGCCUGGUCUUUCGCUCUUGUUCGUUGAUCCCCAGCAACACAUCAUUUGGAGAGCAUCAACCAAAGAGGGACACAUCAAAGUCAUCUGUGCGGAUCGUCAAAAGGCGACAUGACCAUUCCAUCGCGACCGGCGCCAGCACCGCCCGGAUCACGGGGCCAGAGCGCCGCGGCUGGAGCCAAUGCCAGCCUGGAUCAGCUGCGUCUGCAGCUCCAGCAGCAGCACCUGCAGCAGCAGCAGCAGUCGCACGGCGGUAGUCUCCAGAAGCUAACCAUCAAGCUCCCUCCGCCGCCCAGGGGGCCGCUGCAGCAGCAGCAGUCGCUGAAUGCGCAGCACAAGAGAUCCAACAACAACAAUCUCUUUGAGGUGCAGACGGGCUCCAGCAUCACACGAAAGUUCCCACAGGCGCGGUACACGCCAACCACCAACUGGGACGACGACCCCUUCGGAGGGGGAGGAGGCGGAGCUGCUGCCAAUGGAAAUGGCAACUUCAGGAAGAUGCCACCGCCGCGACCGCCGCCGCCGAAGGUGCAGGUGCAAGUGAAUGGACAGAAGAUUGCCUCCACAGGCCAAUCGGCGACGUCGACCGGUGGCGGGGGCAGCCUCAUCUCCAACAUCUUUCACCGCAAGAAGACAUCGUCCACGGCAGCGGCUGCUGCUUCCAAGGCCGUAGUGCAGAGUCGCGUCUACGGCCUGAGCAGCGGCCAUGCCGGGACGACGGCACCCACAGCAGCAGCAGCAGCUGCGGCGGGCAGUGGGGGGUUCAGCAACACGGAUUGGAAUGCUGCUUGGAACACGGCCACCACCACCGCCCCCAUAACGAGCAGCAGCAGCAGCAGCAGCAGCGCCUACUACUCACAGACGACUAGCAAUGCGGCUGCGGCUGAUGGACAGCUCAUCAGCUUCGACUCGCCGCCGUCGUCGCCCACCUUCACCCAAAAGUCCAACAGCGACUGCGUGAGUGUCGACAGCUUCAGCUCGGAUAGCAACUUCAGUUCGCCCCACAACGGCAGCGUCUCGCAGCCGGAGAGCGGGUUCGAGGACGACUACCAUCGACUAUCCCGACCGGCCACCCAGAGUCCCCUCGAUCCCUGGGAGGCGGUGGACAGUGGCGGCCACAGCGGCGGGGUGGACAGCUUUGGCGCGGCAGCGGUGCGUCAGACGUACCAGACAUCCAAUCAGGUCCGCUCGUCCGAUAAUCCUUUGUGCAACGGCAAGAGCCUGCUGCCGCCCACACAAUCGCUGACCAUGCCCACCAUCAUCAAGCCGAAGAUUUCGCAGAAGCCGAAGGCUCCCAGGGCUCCGCCGUUCGUCGGUGGAAUGCCACCCGGCUACGGAGGAGCCUUCAAUCCGCCCUCUCCGCCCAUGCCCAAGGGGGCUCCGCCACCACUGCCCUCCUCUGUGGGAAGUGCAGCGGCAGGAAUCUCGAUGCUGGACGUGAUUGCGGGCAGGGUGGAUGCCAUGGCCCUCAGCAAUGGCUGCUCGGGCUACGUCGAAGAGGAGGUGAAUCCAUACGCCAUUGCCCUAUACGACUUUGACGGCGUCGAAGAGGGCGAUCUUAGCUUUAGGGAAAACGAGAAAAUCUAUCUGCUGGAUCAGCCCACACCUGAAUGGAUGCGCGGACGCACGCGCUCCGGCUGCGAGGGUAUUUUCCCGGUCACUUAUGUGGACAUCAAAGUGCCCCUGGGUGCGGGUGUCUCACAAUCACAUCCACAAGCACAGGCGCCGCCUCAGCAGCAACAACAGCAGCAGCAGACGCAACAGCACCAGAGCCAAAAUAAUGAGCCCACUGCGCUCUGUUUAUAUCACUUCCCCGGCGGGGUCGAAGGAGAUCUGCCAUUGCAGGAGAACGAACUGGUCACAGUGCUUUAUAGGAUAAACGAGGAGUGGCUGUUCGGCGAGGCGGGAGGACGGCAGGGCCAGUUUCCGGCCAAUUUCCUGGACCAAGUGCCCGACAACCUGCCGACGCUGUAAGGGACCAAAAACCCGAACCCGAACCACAAACCCUAGAUAUAUAUGUAAUGUAUACACGAUACAAAUGUCGAUAGUGUCGAAGGGGAGCGAACUGAACCAUUUACACACACACACAAACACAAACAGAUUAUAAUUAUAGAAUUGUAUUUUUGCUAUAUCCGAAACACAUUACAUGAUACGAUAUAAGAUAAGAGAGCAGAGAACUAUGUUUAAGCCGAUCAAAGGAUUUCCAGCUUAUACACUGGACUGAACUUUGGAUUGAUUUUAUGCUUAGCCCGCGAAUGGAAUUGUUUGUUGAAUUCAUGCAUUCGAUCGAUGUUUACGUAUUGAAUUUGAAGUAUUUGCCCAGCCGCCUAUAUAUCCCUAUGUACCCUACAUACACCCUAUGCCCAUACAGAGCAAAGAAAUGGGGAAAAAAACAUUGUAAAUAAGUUAUAUUUUACGUGAUUGUCUAUUAAUGUUUAAUUAUUUAAAUCGAGUUUAGUUAGACGCUUAGUUAGGCACAUUAACCGAUUCCAAUUGAUGGUUCAAACCCUUUUUUUUGAUUCUAUGUAUUGUAUUGUUACGUUACGUUCAAGUGCUCGAAGGAUGCCUUUGCUUAUAUCUCUCCUAAUCGCAAUUGCAUAUCCUAGAGGGUGCCGCCCCGCUUAUGAUGUAUCAGGAUAUCACAUAUCCCCGCUAAGAAAGAAAUAUAUUGAAAUAAACGAUGUAUACAAACCUGGAAA